AUGAGCUCCAGACUCUGUAAUCAGCUCUUUCAUGCAUCAUAUGUUUCAGGAGCUUUUGGAACAGAGUGGAGUGUGAAGUACAACCAACAGGAAAUAUGUGCUUUAAAAGGAUCCACAGUGUUUAUAAAUGGAACUUUUACUCACCCAGGUGGUCUAACAGUGAAUGAGACUUUUUGGAUCAUAGAUCCAGUUCCAAAGGUGAAACCAACUGAUCUGAGUAAAAACCCAGAUUACUCAGGCAGAGCCAAGUAUUUCACUGGUGAACAGAAACAAUUCUCCCUCAAACUGAGUGAUGUAAUGAAGGAGGAUGAAAAACAGUAUUGCUUCAGAAUCAUAUCAAAUGUACAUAAGGACAAAUGGAUGGGUAAACCUGGAGUUCAGCUGAAUGUUACAGAGCUCCAUGUGGAAACUCCUGAAGAAGUGACAGAGGGAGAAACAGCAGAUCUGACAUGUAGAACCACCUGCAGUCUGACUGACCCAACAUUCAUCUGGUACAAAAAUGGACAUUCUUUAACCACAAAGAUCAAGAACAACCAGCUCCACCUGCAGACAGUCAGCAGUGAGGAUGCAGGCAGUUAUAGCUGUGCUGUAAGAGGAUAUGAACAUCUCAACUCUACUGCACACAACCUCAGAGUCAGAUACCCUCCAAAGAGCGUCUCAGUGUCCAUCAGUCCCUCUGGUGAAAUAGUGGAGGGCAGUUCAGUGACUCUGACCUGCAGCAGUGAUGCAAACCCACCUGUGAAGAACUACACCUGGUUUAAAGAAGGUGGAACCUCACCUGUAGGAUCCGGACAGAAUUACAGCAUCAUCAGCAUCACUGCUGACCACACUGGACUGUACUACUGUGAAGUUCAGAAUGAACAUGGAGCCCAAAAUGGAACUGUGAUGGUCACUGUUCAGAACAGAGUGUCUGCAGUUUGGAUUGCAGUGGGAGGAGGAAGCUUUGUCCUCAUCAAUGUCUUAAUCUGCAUCUGCGUGAUGAAGAAAGGAGCCACUGGAACUGAUCACAGAAAGAUAAAACAGGAUGAUGUCCUCUACACCACCGUUACACACAGCAGAUCCAGCCCUGUACAGGCUGCUGCUUCUAGUGACUCUGGAGCUGCUGACGCUACAGUCAGAAUUCAGAAUGAUGUACUAACCAGCACUGACCAGCAGGGGGAGCCCCAAUAUGCCAGUGUUACAUUCCAUCACCACACUGCUGCUACUGGGGCCCAGCCUGUGCCGCCAGCUGCCAGCAGAGGGCGACAGUAG